AGGACUGAACUGGCACAGAAAAGGUAGUGCUACCCUUGAAUUUAUUAGAUCAACUUGUACUGCAUUUGGUAAGGAUGCCUGUGAAAAAAGUGGGAAACCAAAAGAAUUCUUUGAAUUCAUUGAAAAGCCAGUUCUGUUAGAUUCAUUCAGACACAAUAGAUUUAAUGUACCAUUUGUAAAUGCUUCAUAUGCAUAUUACCACUUACAGGAUAUGCUUAAUUUCAUUAGCACCUUAGGCCCUGAUAAAAACAAACUAAUGAAAGCCAUUGAAUUAGAUGCUAAAGAUAAACUAAUUAUUGCUGGUGUCCGGGCUAUGGGAAUUCUGGAAAGACAAAUUACGACGCCACUGAUGAAGCUAAUGGUUAAAAAAAAUAUUACUGCAAUAGAUGUCUCAUACUAUUAUACUAUCCUUCACAGUUUAAUAAAAACAUGGUCAAGUGAUCCCUCCGAAUUACUGGAUGGAAGUUCAUGUUUAUUUAACAAUAUUCAACCUGUUAAAGAUUAUGUUUAUGACAGUUUGUACAUGAAUGUUGAGGAAGAUAUUCAAUCUCUAACUUAUCAAGCUCUCUCUGUGGGCUGCAUAAGUUUUCUUGUCGUAACUGAGCGUAUGCUCAAAGACCAUUUACCUGGUGGCAGAUUUCAUUGUCCUUCAGCAAUUAUCAUUCAGGAAACUUCAGGUGUUCCAAAACAUAACAUUGCAACUGAAAGAUUAUUUUCAGGCCUUGAUCGUUUAAUACAUAAAAUGCCAAAUGCAAACACAAUUGGAAUUGAGGGAAUUUUACUUUGGUCACUGAAUAAAAGUGUGGACUAUCUUGACUCAUUGUCACCUGCAGAGAGAGAAAGAUUAAUUGGAAAAGCCAGGUCAGCUGCACCAGCAAUGCUUGUUAAAUACAGAGAAAGAAAGAGACUUAUUAAACAAAAAAGAAAAGAAAAAGUAAACGAGAGAGCAGAGAAACAAGCUGCUAAGGAAAAUCAAGCAAUACAUAAUAGACUGUCUAUCAUCCAUAAAGUAAACAAUUUUGACCCAAUCCUGACCCAAUGUCUUUCGUUGUCGGAGCCCUCCCUGCAUUCAUACCGGUAA